CCAUGGAACCUGAAGAAAAAAAAAAUGUAGCUUGUUUGAACAAAAACAUGGGACUAAAGCCCAUGGUAUCCCCCAGUCUCUUCUCCUAUAAAUAUAUUUAAGAUCUUACCGCAUUUGCCGUGCGUUAAAAUUAACUACACUUUGCAUUCACCAAUUUUCAUACUAUUGGGGAAUAAUUCAAAUGGAUGUGUUUAUUCCCGAAGAGUAUGUUACACGGAGAAGAAUCGAGAAAAAAGCAGCUGCCAUUGCCAGAAAGAGACCAAAUAUGGUGCCGGAGUCGAGCAAGGAAAUGGGAAAGGAGGAGAAGUCCAAGCCCCAGCUGCCACCGCAAUUUGGACUAGACAGCAAUGAGUUCUUGGUACCUGGAAUAUACGUAGAUAACAAUUUUGUUCAGUCUACUUUACUAUUGGUUGCGUUGCCUGGUGGUCGUGGUUGGAUCGGUUGACUUGGGCCCAUCGGUUGAAAACGAGGAGUGGGCAUAGGUUCAUCAAAGGGGAAAAAGUCGUAGUUUGAUUUGAAAUGGAUUGACUUUUAUCUUAUGGACACAUGCUCGACUAUGCCCAGAAUUGCCCUUAGUCCUUAGGCCCUGAAUCUAACUUUAAGCCAUCAACCCAUCUAAGCAAAUUUUAAAUUUCAGAAAUACAAUGGUUUUGGACAUUGAAAUAAUGCAUCCAUCAUGGUGACUGAUGACUAGUACUUACUAGCUACCCAAAUCGUAUUAUAUAUUCUGUAUGUUAAAAUAUGAUCAAAAAUUGAGAAUUAAACACU